AUGUUUCCUGCAACACUCUCGGUACUAGCGGUCUCUGUGGUUACUGCUGACUGGUCUGCUCAGUCACUCCACCAAAGAUCUGCAGAUCACAUUUAUAUAGCAUGCAAUGAUAUCAUCGAUUGUCACGAAAAUGUACCGCAGACAGCACGCCCAUACUACACUUUGGUUUCUAUGACGCAACAAUUAAUGUGCAAAGCUCUUGAGGAUGUUGGAAACUAUGGGGCUGUCCACGUUUGCGAACUGGAGGAGCAAGCUUUGGAAUAUCAGCGAAAGCUUCAGCAAGGCCCGGUCGACAUAGAAGAGUGCCAUUUUAGUUACCGGAGCAGCUAUAAAAGCGUCAGCAGCGAUGAUACGGACGAAGACAAAGUGACACGAAUUUUUCUGUCCUAUGAAGCCAACAUAACUUCUGCAUUGAAGGUAAUUUCUGCAUCGCACUACUACGCCUAUGGUCUUGUCUGCAGAAUUGCGCAACAGUAG